AAGGUGCGUGUCGUUGUUGCGUCCGGGCUCUCUCGUUAGCUUUGCCCUAGUUUUGCACUUUUGAAAAAGUUGUGACAACAGGAAGACAGAUGCCGGGCGUAGUUUGGACACUUUAAAACUGAACCAUGAACUGGGAAGUGUUAACUGCAAUUGAGCGCAGCGUCGGCCCCAACUUCAGCAGACCAGAAGCCAUGCAGUGACACCCGCUAAGACUUGUUGGUAGCCAUGUCGGAGCCCCACAGGGUCCAGUUCACCUCUCUCCCAGGUUCCCUGAAUCCUGCGUUUUUGAAGAAGUCCCGGAAGGAGGAGGCUGGGGGAGGAGAACAGCAUCAGGACUGUGAGCCGGCCGCAGCAGCUGUUCGGAUUACACUCACCCUCUUUGAACCAGAUCACAAACGCUGCCCAGAGUUCUUCUACCCAGAGCUGGUGAAGAAUAUCCGAGGGAAGGUAAAAGGCUUUCAGCCUGGAGAUAAGAAGAAAGAUCUGUCAGAUCCUUUCAAUGACGAAGAAAAGGAAAGGCAUAAAGUAGAGGCCCUUGCCCGAAAAUUUGAAGAAAAAUACGGUGGAAAGAAACGUAGAAAAGACCGAAUACAGGACUUGAUCGAUAUGGGGUAUGGUUAUGAUGAAUCCGAUUCCUUCAUCGAUAACUCUGAGGCGUAUGAUGAGCUUGUUCCUGCUUCUUUGACUACGAAGUAUGGAGGAUUUUACAUUAACUCGGGAACCCUGCAGUUUAGACAAGCAUCAGAGUCUGAAGAUGACUUCAUUAAAGAAAAGAAGAAAAAAUCUCCAAAGAAGCGGAAGUUGAAGGAAGGUGGUGAGAAGAUAAAGAAGAAGAAAAAAGAUGACACUUAUGACAAGGAGAAGAAAUCGAAAAAGUCCAAGUUUUCCAAAGCCGGCUUCACAGCCCUCAAUGCCAGUAAGGAGAAGAAGAAGAAGAAAUAUUCUGGGGCUUUAAGCGUUAAAGAGAUGCUAAAGAAAUUUCAGAAAGAGAAAGAGGCUCAGAAAAAAAGGGAGGAGGAGCAUAAGCCUGUUGCGGUCCCAUCAGCGGAAGCUCAGGGCCUGCGGGAACUGGAGGGUGCCUCUGACCCCUUGCUCUCACUCUUUGGUUCUACUUCUGACAACGACUUGCUCCAGGCGGCCACUGCCAUGGACUCGCUGACGGAUUUGGACUUGGAGCAUCUGCUCAGUGAGUCUCCAGAAGGAAGUCCCUUCCGAGAUAUGGAUGAUGGAAGUGAUUCCCUUGGGGUGGGAUUGGACCAGGAAUUCAGGCAGCCCUCUUCCCUCCCCGAAGGCCUGCCAGCACCCCUGGAGAAGCGCGUUAAGGAGCUGGCUCAGGCUGCAAGAGCUGCUGAGGGGGAGAGCAGACAGAAGUUCUUCACCCAGGAUAUUAAUGGAAUCCUAUUAGACAUAGAGGCGCAGACUCGGGAGCUGAGCAGUCAGGUCCGCUCUGGGGUGUAUGCCUAUCUUGCGUCAUUCCUGCCCUGCAGCAAGGAUGCCCUGCUCAAGCGUGCUCGGAAACUUCACCUCUAUGAACAGGGGGGCCGUCUGAAGGAGCCUCUCCAGAAGCUCAAGGAAGCCAUUGGCAGGGCGAUGCCAGAGCAGAUGGCCAAGUACCAGGACGAAUGCCAGGCGCACACGCAGGCAAAGGUUGCCAAGAUGCUGGAAGAGGAGAAAGACAAGGAGCAGAGGGACCGGAUUUGUUCGGAUGAGGAAGAAGAUGAAGAAAAAGGGGGCAGGAGGAUAAUGGGACCUCGGAAGAAGUUCCAAUGGAAUGAUGAGAUCAGGGAGCUACUGUGCCAGGUGGUGAAGAUGAAACUGGAGAGCCAGGACCUGGAGAGGAACAACAAAGCCCAGGCUUGGGAGGACUGUGUGAAGGGCUUUCUGGAUGCGGAAGUCAAGCCCCUCUGGCCCAAAGGCUGGAUGCAGGCCAGAACUCUGUUUAAGGAGAGCAGACGAGGCCAUGGGCACCUGACUUCAAUCCUGGCCAAGAAGAAAGUUAUGGCCCCUUCUAAAAUCAAGGUGAAGGAAUCGUCUACGAAGCCUGAUAAAAAGGUUUCUGUCCCAUCAGGACAGAUUGGUGGCCCCAUUGCUUUGCCCUCAGAUCACCAAACAGGAGGUCUGAGUAUUGGGGCCUCGAGCAGGGAGCUCCCAUCCCAGGCAUCGGGCGGCCUUGCUAACCCUCCUCCUGUCAACCUGGAGGACUCAUUGGAUGAAGACUUGAUCCGCAAUCCAGCCUCCUCUGUGGAAGCCGUGUCCAAGGAAUUGGCUGCAUUGAAUAGCAGAGCAGCUGGGAACUCUGAAUUCACACUGCCUGCACCCUCAAAAGCACCUGCAGAAAAAGUUGGAGGCGUUUUAUGUACAGAAGAAAAAAGGAACUUUGCGAAGCCUAGUCCUUCUGCUCCACCACCAGCUAGCUCUCUGCAGUCACCCCUCAAUUUUCUGGCAGAACAGGCUCUGGCACUGGGGCAGUCCUCUCAGGAGAAAAAACCAGAGAGUUCUGGCUACAAAGAACUGUCCUGCCAGGCUCCCCUCAAUAAGGGCCUGCCAGAAGUACAUCAGUCCAAAGCUAAGCACCACAGCUUGCCACGGACGUCUCACGGGCCCCAAGUGGCAGUUCCUGUGCCUGGCCCCCAGGUCAAAGUCUUUCAUGCCGGCACUCAGCAGCAGAAAAACUUCACACCCCCAUCUCCAUUUGCCAAUAAGCUCCAAGGCCCAAAGGCUUCUCCCCCACAGUGUCAUCGUUCCCUCCUGCAGUUAGUGAAGACAGCGGCCAAAGGCCAGGGCUUCCAUCCCUCUGCACCAGCCACCUCAGGAGGCCUGUCAGCCUCCAGCAGCAGCUCUCACAAGACCCCAGCCUCGUCCUCUUCUGCCCUGAGCCAUCCAGCAAAGCCACAUUCAGUCAGCUCUGCAGGCUCAUCUUACAAGAAUAAUCCCUUUGCCAGCUCCAUCUCCAAACAUGGGGUUUCUUCUGGCAGCUCUUCCUCAGGAGGAACACCAGUCCAGAGUUCUGUUUCUGGGAGCCUGGUCCCUGGCAUACAGCCUCCCUCCAUGGGACAGGCCACCAGCCGACCCAUCCCAAGUUCAGCAGGGAAAAAAAUGCCUGUUUCCCAGAAGUUGACCCUGGUAGCCCCUCCAGGCGGUCCAAACGGAGAUUCCAGUGGUGGGACCCAGGGAGUGGCAAAGUUGCUGACCUCGCCGUCCCUAAAGCCCUCUGCAGUUAGUAGUGUGACAUCGUCUACCUCCUUGUCAAAAGGAGCGAGUGGGACUGUGCUGCUGGCCGGCUCCUCUUUGAUGGCUUCACCCUACAAAUCCAGCAGCCCAAAGCUGUCUGGGGCCAUGAGCUCGAACUCCUUGGGAAUUAUAACCCCUGUCCCUAUUCCUGUCCACGUGCUCUCCUUCAGUGCUGACUCCUCUGCCAAAGCAGGGGUCUCCAAGGAUGCCAUCGUCACAGGCCCUGCCCCCGGGUCCUUCCACCAUGGCCUUGGCCACAGUCUUCUGGCUGGCUUGCACUCCAGCCCGCCCCAUGCAGCGCCUCUCCCACACGCUGCGGUGCCCACCCAUAUCCCGCAGAGUCUGCCAGGUAAUCACCCGACGGUCAGUGUGCCACGCGCACCGUGUGCCUUUGCCCUCUCCACCGCUAGGUGCUUUGCCACUGCCAAGGGUCUUGGUGUCUUUGCCUUGUCGCUGUUGUUGUUUUGGUUUGUCCUUUGAGGCUGUGCUUUGUUAGUACUCAGGGUGACAGGCACUUCUACUCUUGGGGUUUCCUCUGGUCCCCACUUGGAGCUGCCGCCAGGUCAGCCUCAGCCUGUGUGAUCACAGGGAAAGUUGCGGGGGGCAGGGUGGUGCGCUUUUGUGUGCGGUGGAGGAGUUCUAACCCUCGGCUUGUUUUUUUUCUCUUCAGUUAAAAAAAAAAAAAAAAGGGAAGGUAAUGGUGCAUCUUCUCCAAGGGCUAAUUGGGUACAACAAGGUCUUGGAAUGCAAGCUGCUCCACUUUCAGAUGUGAUUGCUUAACAGAAGGCUCUCUAAACUUUGUUUCCAUUAAAGGGAAAAUCCAGGUAGCAGCCAGAGGCCACAGUGCAAGACUUUGAGAGGAGCAGCUUUAAAUCUGUCCAAGUGUGAAAACUCCAUCAGAACAGAUUUGUGGGAGCACAGCAGGCAUGUGGUCGGCGCUCCCCUUAGCACCUUCUGAAAUAGGGAACCUCUAAAAGCCUCAGGCUUGAGGCUGCUCUGGUAGCACCUGAGAAGAGGGCUCAGGUGCCCCGGGUUGGUACCUUUGCAUUGAGUGUGUCUGCCUCACCCUAUCCCGAGUCUGCGAUUCUUGGGUACGCCUCCUGGAAUUCUGGCAUGGGAAGUCUCAUGGUGUCUCAGCUUUGACCUAGCAUUGUUCGUACUGUAGACCCGCUUCAGACAUAACCAGGGUGCUACUUGGAUAAGGGGAGAGCCACUCGUAUGGAAGCCAGCCGAGGUAACCCUGGUGAACUGGUGCCAGGUGGAAGUAAGGACCCUCUGUGCUGCACGUCUCCCAAGUUACAUCUGCCUCAUGAUGUGCUGUGGCUCCCUGGCACCAUGGCGCAUUAUAGUAAACACCAGAGGCCAUAUGGGGCAAGACUAAAUCUGUAAAUCUCCACAAUGGAAACUGUGCUUCUUUGAGGGGCUAAGCCUACAGCACUAGUGACUUCUCCUUUCCUUGGGAGGAGAAGUAGAGUGCAGUGACUUCUCUACAGACUAGAGGCUGCAGAGCCACCUUGGUGAGAGCAGGGGUCUUUCCAAAGUCAGGCUGCCCUGCCUUUGCUUUCUCUCAGGAAUGUUACUCUCAGAAAAGCAAAGUAAUUGAGGCUGGACGCGGUGGCUGUCACCUGUAAUCCCAGCACUUUGGGAGGCCAAGGCAGGAGGAUUGCCUGAGUUCGGGAGUUCAAGACCAGCCUGGGCAACAUGGCAAGACCUUAUCUCUACAUUUAAAGAAAAAAAUUAGUCAGGUGUGGUGGCAUGUGCCUGUAGUCCCAGCUCUUUAGGAAGCUGAGGCAGAAGGAUCACUUGAGCCGAGGAGGUCGAGGCUGCAGCGAGCCGUGGUCAUGCUACUGCACUCCAGCCUGGGCAAGAGUGAGACCCUGUCUCAAAAGAUUGCUUUCUGCUAUAUUUUCAUUUUUCCUCGGUAUGAAAAGGCUAUCAGAAUAGGAAGAAGAAGUGCUAGUGUUCUAUACCACUGUAGGGCGACUGUAGUUGACAGUAGUAUGUAGUUUCAGUUAGGAGGAGGAUAUUGAACGUCGCCAACAAAAGGAGAUGAAAAACGUUUGAGAUGAUGGAUAUGCUAAUAACUCUAACGUGACACUACACAUUUUAGAUGUUGAAACAUCACUGUGUACCCCAUAAAAUAUGUGUCAUUAUUAUGAGUCAGUUUUUAAAACUGUUUAAGGCUCUCAGAGGCUGGAUGUGGUGGCAUUGAGAGGCAGGAGGAUUGCUUGAACCCAGGAAUCAGAGGGUAUAGUGUGAUGUGAUCAUGCUUGUGAAUAGCUGCUGUACUCCAGCCUGGGCAACAUAGUGAGACCUCAUCUCUAAAAAAAUUUUUUUAAUCAGUUUAAAAGUUCGAGGAAAAAGAAAAUCAAUCAGAAAAGCAACUAUACCAAAACAGGGUUAUCCAAGUGAGCUUCUCUCACUUCCUUAGAUGGACUUCAGCUUAUAGGAUGACACGAGAUGCAAGUAAGAAGCUAUUUGCGCAUUUCAGCUGCGUGACUUGCGUCUGCGUUGCUUUCCUUUCUUUCUUCUGUGGACUGAGAAUGCUAGUGCCUUUGAAUUUGUCUUUACAGGACCUGAGGGUCUUUUGAUGGUAAGAGAAUGAAUGAUCAUUGCUGCUUUGAGUUCUGUGUGAUCGUCAGGCCUCGCCUCAGGAUGGCAAUUGUAGCCUGAGAUGACGUAGCCCAAGUUGCACAGCAGAGUUGCUGUUCUGGAAACACUGUGCUGAGUGACCACCGACCUUCACAGUGCUAGUGUGCUUGCAGGCUGCGGCCAGGAGCAGUGUACACGAAUAACUGCUGGCUGGUGUCUCAUGGCUUGUUUGAGCUCUAGAACACUCAGCAUUUGGGGACUUUUGCUAUUUAGGUGUUUCCCUUGAAGUUUGGUUACUACUGCCUUAAGGAAAUCAGAGAGCAUGAAAAACUUGCGUUCUAAUUUUUCUUACUGUUUUCCAGGUGCUUCUCAGCUUCACGGGAAAGGGCCUGCUGUACCACGGAAAUUGUGACCGCUUCAGAGGCAAGGCUUGCCACUUGGGUCUGGGUGGAAUCAGAACGUGCAGGUCUCCCAGGAUGUACACUCACUGCGCCCUUUCUGCUGCUUGGUGUUCUUCUGGAGGAGCGUGAGUUCUCAGUGGAGCGCUUCUCGGCACUUCUGAUGUGCCUCCCACGGAGGGAGCCAGGCCCUUGCUGCUCAGGAGGUGCAGACUGCCCCGUGCCCUGGGCCUUGCGGCUCUGUCGCUAGACGGCUGUUAGAGGGGCAGCUCUAGGCUGGGGCGUGCGCUGGGCCGUGGUGGGAGGCACAGUGUUUACAGGCUCUGGUGGCAGAGCAGUUGGCACACCUGCGGGUGAAUCUGCCUGAUCCCCUGGCAUUUGGUCAGAGUACCUCAGAGCACCCCACUGCUCAGGGGCUCCUUCUGGCUGCAGUAAGCUCCCUGGAUGGUCACAGUGCCACCCCAUCCCCAGGCUGUGUGUUCAAGAGGACAAAACUCAGGCCAGAGCCACAGCUGGGAGACCUGCAUUGUCCCUGCAAAAUACUAAGAACACCUAGGGUGUGCUCACUGUGGGGGCCAGUUUCUCCUCGGAACAUGACAAUGAAGCUCUUUUAGAGAAAAGACCUUUGUAGAUUCAACAAUUAUGAUAGGAUUUUUGCAGACACCUAUUUUGGGCUCAGUUUUCGUCAUUACCAUUAAAUGCAUUGGAUAGAAGGGGACUGUUCUUCACACAUCAUAUUAUAGGAAGACAUAAUUCCAGUGCCUUUAUGGUGGAGCAGAAUUCGACAACACAUGUCCAUUCAGCCCUCUGAAUGGAGCUGAGAUGAAGACCUUUUUAAAGAUAUGUCUGUAUUGAAGAGAAAGCCAGUUUUGAGUUUUUUACACUUGCACAUCAUUAUCUGUGCCGUCCUGACUAGAAGGUUGUCUGGGCCCCCAAAUUCCAAGUCCCAAUAUAGCCAGGGCUCCCAUUUUGUUUUUCCAGAGUUCGUGGAGUUGGACUGCAGAGCCCAGAGCCCUUCAUCUCUCUGAGGGUCAAGGAUACCAGGGUUCCCAAGUCACAGAUAGACAUUCCAGUUUGUAUUCUUAGGAAUCAUUCUUAGGCAGUGCGGCAGAAGCAGGCCUCUGUGAAGUGUCUGCCGGGUAGAAAUAGGCCUUGAAGUCCUGGGGCUCUCCAGGCAGUGGGGUUAUGUGUCGACUGAAGGGUGAUGUACAGAAGAGCUUGGAGAGUGGAUCAGAGAGACUAGGACAGUUACUGCAGAGCUCCUAAGUCACCACUCAACCAGUGGCUGUUUCACAAGAAUUUGAGGGCACUUGCCUGUCUUGUGAGGUCUGUGCCACAAGGUGAGUCUGAACUGACUGCUCCAGCUAAGUGAUCUCAGGCACGUUGAGAGUAUACGGUGUCCUCAGCACAUACACCUGUGGGAAAACGGACCGCUCUUCGCUCCUGACUCCCAGGGUACAGCACCCAGUAACUCAUCCUUCAUUCAGAGGUUUGCUGGCCUUCCCGGUUUCCCAAGGAGCAAGACCUCUGUCUGCCCUUUGGCCCGGCCUCUGCUCUGACUCCUUUUUUACAUAAGAACCAAUCUGUGUUUCACAUUGGGCUAAGUGGAUUCCUUAUCCCUUUGUUAUAUAUAUUUUUUGCAACUUGGAUUUCCAGUUUGUUUACAGAGUAGUCUUAGGUAGUAGCAAAAGAGCCAAAGAAGAGAUUUGUAUUGCUGAGCUCAAAGCCAAGCAGAGGCCGGCAGUGGAGGCUGAGCAGGGACUCUCCAGGCUUCUCUGCCCAUAAACACCCGGGUCCCAGCCCCUUUUUCCUUUCCCUUUGGUGCUCCCUCCUCCCCAUGUACCAUUGCGCGUGCAGCUGGAGCAGAAUACCCUCAUUUUUAGGAAUCUAGUGAUGCCUCUUGCCUCAGGGAAACGUUUCUUUGAUGGGGAGUUUGAGAUUUCUUUUCCUUGUUUAUGCUUUAUUUGUGGUAAUGAAAGAGCGAAUGACUGAACAGCCAUGGCAAGGCAGAUCUACAGGCGAGGCCGCAGCAGAGGGUGGGGCAGAGCAGCCUCGGGGUCUGGGGGCUGCAGGGGUUUCCUUGGCGCAGCGAAAGUCUCUGAGCACUUACCGGGCGUGGCCGUUUCUUAGGUGUGAGAGGGGCUGUGGCUUUUGUGCAGCGACUAUGUUGGUGUUAGGGGUGGUGUGGAGAUUGUUAAUCUUGUAUAAAGCAAUUCAAUAAAUUGUUUCAAGGUUUCCAAAACA